UGGCUGGCUUUUCUGUGCUAGCAGUGUGCUUGAAGAGUGAUGGGUGUGUCAUUCUGGAAGUAGGGAAUGUCUUUUGAUGGGAACUUUUUAAUGGGACUAGAUAGUUUUCAGCUUGGCUUUCAGUAUUCAGCUGAGCCACCAGGGAGCUGAAGAAUGUCACGUGGAAAGGACUUGGAUGACUUUAUAAGCUUUAAUGAAAAGAAAACUAAAAUUGCAGUUUUGCUGACACUGCCUCAUAAUAUGAGACCAUUAGAGUGCUCAAACAGUCGAAGCAAACAACCUGGAGAAAAAGCCUUUGCUCAGAUAAUCACAGAUCUUGCCUAGGAGCAAGCUGCAGUAUAUAAUCUGUUCUGCACUUUCUGUAAUGUAUACACGUUGCUGUGCGUGUGAAGGUAUGGAUCCUUAUGUUCCAUGGCUGAUGUGAAGAAGGGGAGAAUACAGCAGGAGGGAAUAACCUCUACUCUGCCUAAUGCUGUUUCCUGUCCCAGACAUAACAGGAUGUGUGCACAAAGCCGACUGCUGCUCUCCUGGAUAUCACAGGAGCAUCAGAGGCUUUCUCCUUGGCAGAGUGUGAGAGUGGUCUAUUGCAGUACGGUAGUGCCCUCUGAUGAAGUGACGGUGGUUUACCAAAAUGGGUUACCUGUGAUUUCUGUGAAUCUUCCGUCCCGGCGUGAACGUUGCCAGUUCACACUUAAACCUAUCUCAGACUCUGUUGGUGUAUUCUUACAACAGCUGCAAGCAGAGGACCGAGGAAUUGAUCGGGUUGCAAUCUACUCAGCAGAUGGCACACGUGUCGCCUCCUCCACAGGCAUAGAUUUACUUCUGCUGGAUGAUUUCAAACUGAUCAUUAAUGAUGUCACAUAUCAUGUUAGACCACCAAAGAGAGAGCUCUUAAGCCAUGAAAAUGCAACGACGCUGAAUGAUGUCAAGACAUUGGUUCAGCAGUUGUAUACCGCCUUGUGCAUUGAGGAACAUCAGCUGAACAAAGAGAAAGAGCUCAUAGGGAGACUAGAGGAAUUGAAGGAGCAAAUAGCACCAUUAGAAAAAGUAAAGAUGGAGCUCAGCAGGAAAGCAGAGAAGAGGACAACCUUGGUGUUGUGGGGAGGCCUGGCCUACAUGGCCACUCAGUUUGGGAUUCUGGCACGCCUCACCUGGUGGGAGUAUUCUUGGGACAUUAUGGAACCAGUCACCUAUUUCAUCACUUAUGGUAGUGCCAUGGCAAUGUAUGCUUAUUUCGUAAUGACUCGCCAGGAAUAUGUUUAUCCAGAAGCCAGAGACAGACAGUAUUUAUUAUUUUUCCAUAAAGGAGCCAAAAAGACACGAUUUGAUUUAGAGAAAUACAAUCAACUCAAGGAUGCAAUUGCUCAGAAUUGGACCUUAAGAGGCUUCGAGACCCACUGCAGGUUCACCUGCCCAUCCAGCAAAUUGAUGAAAAGGACUGAUCAGCAAAGAAGCUCUGAACCCCGGCAACAAAAACCUGUUCAUAGCUCGCCUUUUUAAUUAAAGUAUUGCAGGUGGAAGCUGGGAGGUGGUGUGGGGGUGGAGGGUUUUUACCUUUAAUCAAGACAAAGGACUUGUACGGGGGGAAUCUCUUAAAUCUGAAGAUGGGACAUGGUGGAAUGCUAGUUCUGAAAAGGGCUUGGCAAAUAGUCACAUUUAAAAACUGUGUGAAUGGCAAUUGUGUACAAAUACAGGAUUGGGGGGGGUUCAUGAAAAGAAUCUAAUGCUGGGGUGUAGGGGUGUCUUCUUCCAGCUUUGCAGGGUCUGCCACUUGAUAAGACACCAGCAGCCUGCUUAGCUUUUUAAAUUUUCCUUUACCUGAUUCAGAUCUCUUUCUCUCUCUCAAAACAAAAUAAGGAGGAAAAAAAAAGAACCCAAGCCACCUGGAGCUAUGGCUGGUGAUCAGAACUUGCGCUCCACCGCCAUUAACACGCACACUUCUGAUCAGACCUGGUCUCUUUUAUAAAGUUACUACAAGACUGCUUUCUACUGGAAAACCGUGAGCUUUCCCUUUCCCAGCCUACCCCAUGUGCUCCACUGACUUCCUCCUCUGCUUAUUUGUAGCACAGAUUGGUUGUAGCCAAGUGAGAGAAGGAAUGAGUUUUCUUCUGGACUAUUUGAUAAUUGAUAUUUUUGAUUAUUCCAUAAUAACUAUAUAAACUUUGUGUCCCAGUGCCCUUGAGCUCCUAGAAAUCAGUGGCAGCAUUGCAUGAGAGGUUUUUCUAUAUUCAGUCUUAAAGGGAGGGAGAGUCCCCUCUUCUUACCCCAGAUCCGAUAGCCACCUGGUCUAUGAAAUUAUGAAGGCUUAAAAGAUUAUGAAACUGUUGCAGAAUCAUGACUCCUGCUUUUAAAUGGACAGUUUUUGAACACGGAAUAAUUAAACUUGAUAUUUGACUGUUUGUGUAAUGAGAUAUAAGGUCUCGUGUAUGGUCAAAGCAUUUUCCCUACCCAGAGUCUUUUUGAAAGCCUGGGGCUCUUACAGUGCAAGACACAGACUGACUUCAGUUCUCUAGCACUUUCCCCUAAUUAAGUAGCUUUAAAUGAACCUUGUGUUCACAGGUCAGAAUUUCUUAGGAGUGGCUAAUGACAUCUCUUGUUCUUAGCUAAAAGAAAUAGAGGAAGGAAAGUCAACCAAUUGCCCUCUCUUCUAGCCAAGGCUGGCUGAUUUCUAAGUAGGUAAAACAUCUCUCCAUUCAAAGCAGGUCAGUCUGUUUUAGCAGCCUGUGGAGACAGGAUGAAGGUGGGAGAAGGGCACUGAGCAUUAUAUACAAAAUGGCUGGCUGCUUUUCUCAUGUUUCACUACUACUCCUCACUGUGUCAUGGAAAGAGGCUUCUGGUUUUUUGGAGAACAAUAUUUAAAAAAAAAAAAAAUAGGAAAGAAGAAAACAAAUAGGUAUUAACUAGUCGCCAGGUGCCUUGCAGAUGCGGAAACACAGCUGGGAUUGCUGCCUCUUCUCAAUGGCAUGUUGGACCGAAUGGGUGCAUGUUUCUAUUUUUUUUCCCUUCCCCUUUUCCUCUGUCUUUCAAUUUACAUUGUGUGAUUAUUUUUUUUAUCUGUUUUAUUCUGUUUGUGUGAUGAGUUUUAAAGGGAAAAAAAUGAACACAAUCCUGUAGCUGAAUCCUUGGUGUGUGUUUGGGAUGAGGGAGGGAGCAUGGAGAAAAGUUCUUCUUUAAAAAAAAAAAAAAAAAAAAAACAAACACAAAAAAACCCCAACAAAACACAAACAAAAC